AUGGACAGUGAUUUGUCGUAUGAUACAAAUCCAACAUCUUCAUGGCGAAUGUUCAAUAAUAUUACUUAUAAAAAGAUUAAAACAAGUCAUAUUAAAAAUUUUUCGAAAAACGUUGAAAGACUUGGUAAAGAUGAAAAACAAUUUGUUGCAAUGGCUCAGUUUGGUGGUCCUAUUGCUGUUGUGACAAAACGGCAAGGUAUGUCACCAAACGAUAUUAAAUAUAAUAUAACAAUUAUGAAUUUACCUCGAAAUGAAGAAAAAUAUAAGGAGUUUAAUCGUGGUAUUAUCGUCUCUGUUGAUUGGACAGUGAAAGAAGAUUUGUUGUUGGUAACUGAAGAUGGUAAAUAUCAUAUAAUUGAUAUAUUCUAUUAUAAUAAUAACAAUGAUAAAUCAAUUACAUUAAGUGAGUUUGUAUCGCCUAUCAGUGAAGUGAGAAUAUUAAAUACCAAAUCUAGAACUGGAUUAGUCGCACUUAAAGCAAAUCAAGAAGAUUUUAUAGUUAUUAAAAAUGUUUACGAACCCGUAAUUCAAACAAUAUCAAUAAUGAGUGGUGAUGCACGUUCAAAUUUAACAAUCACAGCUUGGUGUAUUAUUGAUCAUACCGAUAUAACAAUAGCUUAUGCAUGCGACAAUACGAUCUAUACAUGUAGUCAAAGUAGUUCAAAAAAAGAUCAGCAACAGAUAUCUGGUAUUGGUGAUACGAUAAUAAAAAUCAUCCCAUCGUUUGAUUGUCAAACAAUAGCUCUGUUAAAACAAAGUGGUGACGUUUUAAUUGGAUCAAAAUCAUUCACUAAUCCAUUUACAUUAAAAUUUAAUGGAAAUAAUGAGAAAACACGUAUAACAGAUAUCGCAUGGUGUGGAAAUGAUGCCAUUAUUGGUAUACGUCCAGCAUCAGCAGCGUGGUAUGAUCUAUUUAUACUCGAUAGUGACAGAUCAAGAGCAAUAACACCAACAAUUCGAGAAACAAUUAUCUCUGACACAUUUUAUUACACAACCAAUGUUUGGUUAUUUUCUGAACUUGAUGGUGUGCGAAUAUUAUCCGGUGAUACAUUAGAAUUUUUUCAACGCGUACCAAAGGAAUUAUAUAGUGUAUUACAAAUCAUAUCCGAAGAACCUGGUGCACAAUUGUAUAAUGCCUAUAUUAAUUUCGAAUCUGGAAAUCAAUUAGCUGAAAUGCUUUUAACUCGAUUAAAAUCAUCAAAAUAUACAAAUGGUAUUGAAGAAGCUGUUCGACAAUGUACAAUUGCAGCAUCAAAUGAAAGUCAACCAUCAGUGCAAAAAACGAUAUUAAAGGCUGCUUCACUUGGACGAUCAUUUUUAUCUGUAAAUUUGAAUCCAUCUACAAAUGUUGGAUCAAAACGAGAGCCAUCGAUAAAAUUACAAACAAAUAAUUUAUUUCCAAAUAUCAUCAUGUAUUUACAUUUGAUUAAUAAUCUUCAACAUAUGGCCAUAUCAUUGCCAAUUACCUAUAAACAAUUUGAUUAUCUUGGUGUUGAAAUAUUGAUUAAUCGUUUGCUUCGACGUAAUUUACAUGAGUUUGCAACAAAAGUAACAAAAUUUCUUAAAGUACCAGCAGAUGAAGGAGAAAAUCGUAUAUUAGUACAAUGGGCUAUUAAUAAUCCAAUUAAUACAAAUGAGGAGACAAUUGCUGAAAUAAUUAAAAAGCGUUUAUCAAAUGUAUCAGGCAUACCAUUUAUUGAAAUAAUUCGUGAAGCAUUUAUUGCUAAAAAAAUAAUUGUUGUCAGACGGUUGUUGGAUACCAAAGUGCCUGUUAAUGAUCAGAUUGAUAUAUUAUUAAUAUUAGGUGAUAAAAAUGAAGCACUUCAACGAGCAUUGACAUGUGGAAAUAACGAUUUAGUUCUUUAUGUUCUAAUGCGAAUUAAAGCUGAUGAAUCACCUACCGAAUUUAUGAUGAGAUUAGAAAAAAUUAGAUCUCUUCCUCUUAGUCUACAUUUACAAUGUUUAGAAGAAAUUGAACGAAAAAAAUUACAUACUGAUUUAAUUAAGAAGAGUCCAAAUGAAAAAGAAAAAAUAGCCUAUUCUUGUAUUAUACAACGAUUUGGUUCUCCUCAAAUUCAAAAUCAGAAAACUGAAUUAUCAAAUGCAUCAAAAUUAUUUAAAGAAGUUAAAAAUGACUUUAUUGCUCAUCUUGUUGAUGAUGAACAACGUUUAAUUACACGACAAGAUGAAUUAGAAAAAAAAAUUCUAAAUUCAUUAUUAAAAGGUUUAUCAUUAUGUGCAACAAUCGAACAAUUGAUGAUGAAUAAUGAACGAGAAGCAGAACAAUUAAAGAAAGAAUUCAAUAUGCCCGAUAAACGUUAUUGGUGGAUAAAAAUUCAAGUUCUUGCUAAAAAAAGUGCAUGGUCAUCAUUAGCAGAUUUUGGUAAAAAACCAUCAUCUCCAAUUGGUUAUGAGCCAUUUAUUGAUAUUUGUUUAAAAUAUGGAAAAUUGGAAGAAGCAAAACGAUAUGUUGAUAAAUCAUUAUAUAGUUCAAAAUUAGAUGAAGAUCGAGUACCCUAUAUGUAUGCAAAAGUUCAAAUGUUUGAAGAGGCAAUUAAUUCUGCUGUCAAACUAAAAGCAAGUGAUGCAUUAAUGUUUAUUGAAUUAAAAUGUGGUGCAGGAAAUGCAAAUAUAAUGCAGAAAGUGGAUGCUGCUAGAACAAAAUUACAGCAAUAUGAUGAUAAUCCAUUUAAUGUAGUAAGAAAUAUAUUUAAACAUAACGAAUGA